GAACAAUAGUGGCACCAGACGAGCCCGGUAACUGGGACCCGAAGUUCCAAAGAACUUGGCUCGAGUUUUCGAAAUUGGAAGGGGUUGUGUUCCAAGGGAAUGGAGCUAUAGAUGGUUCUGGCAGCAAAUGGUGGGCUGCUUCUUGCAAGAAAAACAAGUCUAAUCCUUGCAAAAGUGCACCAACGUUGGCCAUCCCACUUCUCCAGUCUAUCUUGAGGAUUUCCUAAAGAGCGUUCGAGCCGUCACUUUGCUUCGGAUCUACCGUUGGUCCAAGAUUACCGUCGAGAAGAUUCGCGAGUUUAAGGAUCGGAUAGCUCGAAGAGAGUGGAGAUCUGACCUUCCGACCGUGCUUCCUAUUCACACCAAGCGACUAGAUAUCUUCCCGAAGGACAUCCAGAAGCAAAUUUCUGAAGCAAAGAGGAUGGGAACUCUUCCCGAUUUGAGCGCGAUGUUAGCCGCCCAGCUGGGACUGGCUAGCGAGGAAGGACCCUCAGCGACGGUUCCUCGCACGGUUUCCCCUUCUGGCGCUAGUAGCGCGGGGAAGGGUAAGAAAAGGAAGAGGGGCGGCUCGGGAGUCGAGGGGAGCGCCGAGGAGGCGAGCGACGUUCCUCUUUCUGGCGAACCCCAGAAGAAAAAGAAGAAGAAGAAGAAGAGGACGAAGAGGCCUGUCGACGAGCAGUCGGAGAAUCCCGAGGAGCCGACUGAGAUUGAGGAGGGUGAUGUUCAAGAAGAAGAACUUCAACCCGAAGAGGAGGCUCCUGAGGCUGAAUUCUCGGGAGAACGGGACGACGCGGCAGAAGCUGGUGAAGGGGAGGAAUCUGAAAUUCCUCUUAAUGUCGCUCGUCCGGACGGUUCUGAAGAUGACAGCGGGGAGUCGCCGCUUUUGAUCAGGAGACGCAACGACGAGGUCGGCGAUGAGGGGCGAUCUCCUAUUCUGGCGUCUUCUCGCGAGGGAACUCCGGUUCCCAAUUGGGAAGGGGUCGCUCAGAUCGGCACUUCUUCUCGCGGCUCCGCUAUCUUGAGGAGGGUGCCCGGAGUCAACUUUCCAGACAAGGUUUCGUUUCACUACGAGGGACCGGCCCCUCUAGCGUACGUCCCCGAGAAGUGUGGAGAGUUCCUUCGCCAAAUAAGGGGGAGGGCGAAACCUUUGCCUGCUGUGAAGGACCUCAUUUUUGGGGGUGAAUACGAGGAAGCCGCGAGGGCCAAGCUGCUGGGGGAUAGUGCGACGAACGUCGUGAUCGAUAAGUACGACACUGCCUUGAAGGGAGCUUUGGGCGAACUCGAGCUGGCUAAGAAGGAGCACGCGGCGAAAGAGGAAGCUUCUGCUCGCCAGCUGAAUGCAUCGAGGGCUGACGUCGAGAGGCUUAACGGGAUGGUUGCUCGCAUCAUCGCUCGGAGAGAUGAGCUCAAAGCCGAGUUGGAGGUAUCUCGGGGAGUCGUUUGUGAGCUCGAGCGGAAGAACGCCGAACUUGAGGGCGAGAAGGCUUCGCUCGUUGAGUCUCAUGAAAGAGAGAUGAGGCGCCUCAGAUAUUUCAGGAUCCUGGAAGUGACGAGGGAAAGAGGAAGAGUCGAGGCCGAGAUGGCCGCAAAAGCUAAUCGUCGCUUCGCUAGGAUUCGCUCCCGAGAAGAGCGACGAGGUCCCUAUGAGGAGGCCCGGUUGCUUCAUAGCCAAGCCUUCGGAACCAGGAAAUGCCUCGAGGCUUUGAGGAGGGCUGGAAGCGACAUCUCGCAAGCUACUAUCGAGAUAUUCGCCGAGCAAGAGAAGAAAUACGAGGACGAAGCCGAGAAGCUUAGGGUGGGCGUGAUACCCGAGGAAGAUCUCACACUUUCUCCUCUCGUAUUGGACUCUCAGUUUGUGGAUGUUCGAAUCUUGGCGAGUCUCGAUCCAUAUGGGUCCAACGCCGGCUUGAUUGAUCCGGAGACUGCAGCGAGUCUUCACGUUCCGCCUACUCAUCCGACUGAAGAACGGCGCGGAGACCCAGCGCCUCUUCUUGAAGGUCCUUUGGCUGAUCCAGAGGUCGUCCCGAGACCAGUUUAAGCGCAUGUUUCUCCGGCUUCUCGUGAGUCGAGCGUCAGGGCUUCAGAGCUCUCCGUCCUCAACGAACGCGAGAGUGAUCGGGAAGCUUAGUCUUUUUUGUUUGUUGUUUUUUUUUUUGAGUCUCGUAGGACUUGUGUUGUUGCCUUUAGAUUUUUGCCUUUCGAGGCUUCUACUUUGUUGUUUUUCUUCUGUUUUGUUCCAACUCAUCGAAUUGCAUUAACUGUUUUCCUUUAAUUGUACUUGUCUAUCAAAUGCAUGAUUUCUCAAGAUUCGAAGUGACUGUUUGCUUGGUAUAAACGUUGUUCGAGAUAUUGAAUCGUCGUAGUGUUUAGCUCGUCAUGACUUUGUCUCGGUCGAUUUCUUUGACUCGCGAUCGUUCGUCAUUUGAGUUUGGUUGUUAAUUAUGAGUUUUCGACGUUGACGGUUCCAAAUCGACCCUAACGUAAUUUUCAAGCGUUCGGCGGGCCAAAUCUUUCUUAGCAAAUUACAGGGUGAGUUGGAGUCAUUGUCUCGGCCGUGUUGGUUUAAAUCGCAACACGGUCGACUCCCGUGAACGCGUGUCUGAUCAGGACAUAUUCAACGUGGGAUGCGAGUAUUAAUACGCUUGUUCGGGAAGCCGGGGCA